CUCCAUGGAUGAUUGAUUUUCGCUGACAUGUUGCUGUUGUUGGACAUUGGUAGCUAUAGCUUGAGUUUGAGCUCCAAGGUUGACUCCCCCACCUCUUCAAUUUCCAACGACCCGAGUACUACCGACAAUAAGGCGAGAAGAAAACAAUAGGGCGGAAAGAAGAUAGCAAGAUGAAGGAAGCCAUUGUGUCCAAGGGCCCCAAGGUCACCAUCGUGGACUCGCCCAUCCCCGAACCGGGGCCUGAUCAAGUGGUGAUUCAGGUUGUGGCUUCUGGAUGCAAUCCCAAGGACUGGAAAAUCGUCGAAUGGAUGAAAGACAACCACAACUCGGGCGACGACAUUGCGGGCAUCGUCCACAGCGUCGGCUCCAACGUCUGGGAAUUCAAGCCCGGCGACCGCGUCGCCUCGUUCCAUCAGAUCAUGGCGCCCGGUGGCAGCUUCGCCGAGUACGCCGUCGGCUGGCAGCACACGACCUUCCACCUGCCAAAGAACGUGUCGUUUGAGGACGCGGCGAGCUUGCCCCUGGCCAGCAUGACGGCGGCGAUUGGCCUGCAUUUGAGGCUGGGCUUGCCGGAGCCGUGGGUACCGGCCAAGGAACCGAUCCCGUUGGUCGUUUAUGGGGGUGCGAGCGCCGUGGGGGCGUUUGCCAUCAAAAUCGCCGCAAGGGCGAAUAUCCAUCCCAUCAUUGCGGUUGCGGGACGCGGGAUUUCCUUUGUGGAGAGCCUAUUGGAUAAGAGCAAGGGCGAUGCCGUCGUGGAUUAUCGACAGGGUGACGAGGCGGUCGUGAAGGGUAUCCGGGAUGCGGUCAAAGGCCAGAAGCUCGAAUACGCCUUCGAUGCGACCAGUGAGCAUGGCAGCUACACCAAUAUCGCGCAGGUGCUGGAUCCGCAUGGGAAGUUGACGCUUGUGCUUCCUGCGAAGCAGUACGAGGGGGUUCCGGAGACGGUACAGCUGAGCAAUACCAGGGUGGGCAAUGCGCACGACGAGGCUAAGGACUUUGCGUAUGUCUAUUUCCGGUUCCUGGCGAGAGGGUUGGAUGAGGGGUGGUUUACGCCGCAUCCCGUCGAGGUCUGCAAAGGGGGGUUGGAGGGGGUGCAGGGGGCGUUGGAGAACCUGAAGAAUGGGAAGGCCAGCGCGGUGAAGUAUGUGUUUAGGAUCGGAGAUACUCCUGGGGUGAAGGGUGCGCAGUUGUAGAUCGUCC